UCCUUCAAGGUUUUGCCUAAAAGAAAAUGUGAAAAAUGGAUUAUAUUAAAAGAUAAGAAAAAUACAACCUGUCUUCAAUCACAGUUUUAGGGCUUGUUCCUCUAUAUUUAUUCUCUUGUUCUUCACUCAGGCUUCGACCCAUAUUUUGCUUGCUUCUCGAGCAGAAAAAAGAAAGGAAAAAAGGCGUUUCCUUUCUGCAGUUUUACCUCCAAACUUCACACUGUAAAGCUUAGCCACUUUCUGUCUCGGUUGUCAAAGCUUGUUAGAUUCUUUUUCUACAGUUAAAACUCAGCGAUCUUGUGACUCUUGUUCUGAUUUUGAGCAAGUUCAUCCCUUGAUAACUUGCACCACUUCAUAAGCCUCUUAAUUAUCAUUCAGAAAUAUCUUUUUGUCCGUUCUCUUUAAAAAUCUACUGCUUAAUUAUUCCUUUGGUGAAAAAGGCUUUAACCUUGCAACCCCUUUUGAGUCAUUAUCUCAUCACACGGGUUUCAAUUGAGAUUCAUAUCUGAAAAUCCUUGUGGCCAUCAUUUUGUUUCCUCCUUUCAAUAUGUGUGUACUUCUUCCCUUGAAUUCUUCUGGCCUCUGUGCCUUCUUCAGAAUUGCAUUGCAAGCUUGUUUAAAUAGAUACAUAAGAUGCCGAGGCGAAAUGAGCCCGAACAGCCUGUUGAGUCUGAUGAGAGGGUUGAUCUCUAUGAAGUUAAUGAUCAAGAGGAGAACAUGGAAGAAGAGGUGGAGUAUGAAGAAGUGGAGGUAGAGGAAGAAGAGGAGGAAGAGGAGGAAAUAGAAGAAGAGGUGGAAGAAGAAGAUCAGGAUGUUGAAAAUGUCGAUGGGGAACUUGACGAGGAUGAAAAGAAGACACGUGCUGAGCUACUUGCUCGUCCUCCUCAUGGUUCUGAAGUGUAUAUUGGAGGCAUUCCACAUGAUGUUUCUCAAGAGGAUCUGAAAGGCUUUUGUAAAUCUGUUGGAAAGGUUACCGAGGUUCGCAUUAUGAAAGGUAAAGAUUCAAGUGAAAACAAGGGCUUUGCUUUUGUGACCUUUAGAAGCGUAGAAUUGGCCAACAAAGCCAUUGACGAGCUAAAUAAUGCGGAAUUUAAGGGUAAAAAAAUUAGGUGUUCUACUUCCCAAUCAAAGCAUCGAUUGUUUAUUGGUAAUAUUCCGAGAAGCUGGGGUGAGGAAGACCUGAGGAAGGUUGUGUCAAAGGUUGGGCCUGGAGUUACUGGUUUGGAAUUAGUAAAGGAUAUAAAGAACUCAAGUAAUAAUAGGGGCUUUGCUUUUGUUGAGUACCAUAAUAAUGCAUGUGCUGAGUAUUCAAGGCAGAAGAUGAUGAACCCGGAAUUCAAGCUUGGUGAUAAUGCUCCUACUGUGAGCUGGGCUGAUCCUAAGAAUGCCGAGUGUUCUGCUGCUUCUCAGGUAAAGGCAGUUUACGUAAAGAAUUUGCCAAAGGACGUGACACAAGAUCAGUUAAAGAAGCUAUUUGAACAUCAUGGAAAGAUAACUAAAGUGGUUCUGCCUCCCGCAAAACCUGGACAAGAGAGAAAUAGAAUUGGUUUUGUUCACUUUGCAGAGAGAUCUUGUGCCAUGAAAGCAAUCAAGAACACAGAAAGAUAUGAAUUGGAUGGCCAAGUUGUGGAAUGUUCUCUUGCAAAGCCACAAGUAGAUCAAAAGACAUCUGGGGGGUCAAGUUCUCAGAAUUCGGGUUUUCUUCCUAGUUAUCCACAUCAGGUUGGGUAUGGUCUGGUUGGGGGUGCCUAUGGUGCUCUAACUCCAGGAUACGGAGUUGCAGGCCUUCCACAGCCCUUAGUCUAUGGAAGGGGAGCAACGACUACCGGCAUGUCAAUGAUGCCGAUGCUUCUACCCGAUGGCCGGAUUGGAUAUGUUCUGCAACAACCGGGAGUGCAACAACCUCAAAGCCCGCCUGUACAUCAGAGACAUAGUAGAGGCGGUGGCAGUUCAAGCAGCAGAGGAAAACACAGCGGCGGUGAUAGUGGCAGGCGAUAUCGGCCAUAUUGAUUUGCUUGUAAUAGAAUGAAUUGUUUGACCAAUGCCCCUUUUAAUCUCCAUAAAUUGUUGGUUUUGCAGCUAAAUGCCUAGUUUUUGAGGUUUUUUAAGGAAAAUAAUUGCGUCUUGUUGAAUCUGUAUGACCUUGUUGAUAUUCAUAUUUUUAUGUUUAGAGGUGAUUUCCCAAGUUUGGGUUUGAUC